AUGGCCUGUCCGACUCCUGUUGCCCGAGGUCGCGCAGCUUAUAACGCAAUAUCUUGCCAUCGUGACCCCCUAUACUCUAUGCUUAACUGGUGCGAGGUGCUCACACCAGUUCUUCGCCCGAUGAUUGGCCCGUUGUGCGUGCUCCCGCGUCUCUGUAUGGGUGGCUUGUUCGCUAUACCCCAUCUCGCCAAGUUCCAUUGCCUCCAGAUCGAUCAAAUGGUCAAUAUCCACAUGAAAACUGCCCAAAGUUGUAAGCACGCAAGUAAUCCCGUGCGCUUUACCCCAUCUGCUGGCGACAUCAUGGAAAUUUUCAUUGGAAAGUUCAAGCACUAA